CAUGGUUUGGGCAAAAGGAAGUGAGAGUGAACGCAGAAAUAUUCCUUCUUAGAACAGCUUUUAUUAGGAAAGAAGGACGCUGAAGUUUUAUCACACUCAACCUCAGCAAUGAUUCUUCCGCUCCUUCUAAUCUGUCUUGUUCUUGGUGAUCUGCCAGGUUCUCACUGCACAGUGAGCACUGUAGGAGAUCUGGCUGUACUGGAGGGUGGAUCCGUCACUGUCCCGUGUCACUAUAACCCGCAGUACAUUAGUCACGUCAAGUACUGGUGUCAAGGGCGGAUGAGGGAGUUCUGCACCAGCCUUGCGCGCACCGAUGAACCCGAAUCAGCCCCUAACGCGAAGGGAAGGGUGACGAUCGCUGAUGACCCCACUCAGCACGUGUUCACCGUGAGCAUGCGGAAUCUGACGGAGGACGACUCGGGCUGGUAUUGGUGCGGGGUGGAGCUCGGGGGAAUGUGGGUGUCUGACAGCACUGCCUCCCUUUAUAUCAGCGUCAUUCACGGUAUGUCAGUGGUGAGCAGUAUGCUGAGUGCAGAUGAAGGCAGCAGCGUCACUGCUCAGUGUCUCUACAGUAAAAACCUCAGGUCGAGUGAUAAGCGGUGGUGUCGCAGUGGCAGCCUGAACUCCUGCAUGGUGACGGACUCUGAAGGAAUAUUCAGCAGCAGAAACGUAUUCAUCCACGACGACAGGAACAGCAUGUUCACGGUGACGUUACAGCAGCUGGAGAUGAGAGAUUCGGGCUGGUACUGGUGUGGAGCCGGUCAGCAGCAGGUGGCUGUUCAUGUGUCAGUCACAGCACAAACCACAACACUGAGCACAACAUCUCCCACCCAGAAUCUGAAGACAGUCAGUAGUCCAUCUGUAAUGAGUUUAAAUGACCCUCACAGUCGUCCUAUUUGGGAGUCUCCUCUCGUGGUGUGUGGGGUCGUACUGCUGGUCAUGACUGCGCUUUUGGCACUUUGGAAAUUACGGCAACUGUGUAAGAAAAAGCAGAAACAUCGAGGAACAAAUGAAAUGAACGACAGUCUCACAAUUUGCCCAUGGAGAGAAGGAGACCAAGAAUGCCUCAGUGAUUUUCCUGAAUGCUCCAGCUCAGGCCCAGAUGCUUUAACAGAGGAGCUUCAUGAUGGGAAACACCAAACUCAAGGACAUUCAUCAUGAUAAAUGGAACUGAUGGACAGUUUGUCUCUUUAAGACUCUUUAUAAAGUCUAAGAGAGUCCUGCAUACUGAAGAAACUGGAGACUUGGGUGAUAUUUGACAUUUCUUCAUGUUUAACAGUUGGGAAAUCAUCUUUUAUUUUACAGCAUUUUCAUGUCAUGUAUUUCACAUCUAUCUGUCUGUAAGUAAGCACAAGCUUUGAGUGAAUCAUAUGGUGCAAGGAUGUUUUGACCAAAUAAGUGGCGGUUAUUCUCAACCAACUGGAGAAAAUGUGUGAAAAAUGGUGAAUGUUUACAAAAACAUACAGAAGCACUGAGAAUGUACCCAUAUCUCACUUUAUUUUACAAUUUUAUGUCUUGUCAUGCAUUUGACCAGUUUAUAAAUGAUGAAAAGCUUUUGUCUAUUAUUAAUCUUUGUACAGUAAAGUAUGUGUAUGUGCUUUAUUCA